CCGUUCUUCAGCCAAUCACAAAUCAUAGCGAAAAAUUUGACGUCAUCACGUGCAUAGGCGCGGGAUCUCGAGGUAUAACAAACAUACCAAGGGAAAGUAGCUGUUUCACAGCUGGACCCCAACAUUAGAUCAUGGCAAUGAGAUGUGAGAACAGGGUGGAGGCAGAGUUAGACGCGGAAGAAAACUUUGGACCACAGCCCCUGUCCAGACUAGAGCGAUGUGGAAUAGCAUCCUCUGACAUCAAGAAACUGGAGGAUGCCGGCUUCCACACCAUUGAGGCGGUGGCGUACGCCCCAAAGAAGGAGCUGCUUAACAUUAAAGGCAUCAGUGAUGCCAAAGCUGAUAAGAUUAUAACUGAGGCUGCCAAGCUUGUGCCGAUGGGCUUUACCACAGCUACUGAGUUCCACCAAAGGAGAGCCGAAAUCAUUCAAAUCUCCACAGGUUCGAAGGAACUGGACAAACUCCUACAGGGUGGGAUUGAGACCGGCUCCAUCACUGAGAUGUUUGGAGAGUUUCGGACAGGGAAGACCCAGCUGUGUCACACACUCGCUGUUACAUGUCAGCUGCCCAUCGAUCAGGGGGGAGGAGAAGGUAAGGCCAUGUACAUCGACACUGAGGGAACUUUCAGACCAGAGAGACUCCUGGCUGUUGCGGAAAGGUACGGCCUGGUGGGCAGUGAUGUUCUGGACAAUGUGGCGUAUGCUCGUGCAUUCAACACAGAUCAUCAGACACAACUCCUGUAUCAAGCUUCCGCCAUGAUGGCUGAUUCCAGAUACGCUUUGCUGAUAGUAGACAGCGCGACAGCUCUGUACAGGACAGACUACUCGGGCCGAGGUGAGCUGUCAGCCAGACAAGGACACUUGGGACGCUUCCUUCGCAUGUUGCUCAGGCUGGCGGACGAGUUUGGUGUGGCAGUGGUUAUAACCAACCAAGUGGUGGCACAAGUCGACGGGGCCGCCAUGUUCUCUGCUGAUCCAAAGAAGCCAAUUGGAGGCAACAUUCUGGCUCAUGCGUCCACAACACGGCUGUAUCUUCGAAAAGGCAGAGGAGAAACGAGGAUCUGUAAAAUCUAUGACUCACCUUGCCUGCCGGAGGCGGAAGCCAUGUUUGCCAUCAAUGCCGACGGUGUGGGAGAUGCUAAAGAUUGAAACUAAGAACAUUCCCACCAAUGUCGCAGACUGCUGAGCAGGACUACAGGACUACAAACUCAGGCCAGACUGAGUGAAAAGGAAGGUUUAGGGAAAGCAUGGCCAUCAUAGAGCACAUUGUUGAACUUGUAUAUGAUAAUAACUUCAAUUUAAACUUUUGUUAUUAAGAAGUUUGUUUUUUUUCUUUUCAAAUGUAUACAUAUAUUAACAUAAUAAUAAUCAUCAACAUCUGAGAUACCUAAGCUGUCAUUUGUCAUUGUUUCAAGAAAGAUAAUUUUUCUUCACUGCAUUAAAAAAAA